AGUCGGUGUUCAGCGUUCGGGCGCGGCAGCGGGGUGGCUCGCUCGUCGGCGGAAGUUUGCCGGAGAUCGCGCGUUUUCCAUUUCUCUACUAUCCUUCGUCGUGACUCGAAAGUGAAACUGUUUGACGUGAUUAUUGUGUUGAACUCGUGGAUUCUGUGGACUUGAAAGUGUUUCAUUGAAAACUUUUCGGACUCGAUAUCAGCGUGGUUUUGCAUAAAAACUGCGUCUUGAUUAUUGAAUCCAACAACAUCAGCAGCGGCACUAUAAAAACGGUAUUUCAUCCUUGCAUGUGUGUAAGGAGUGAGAAUGCCGCAUAGUGCAUAGUACUCUGGUGUAAUAUUUCAACAGUAACUGAUGUUUUUCUAGAUGCUAAAAGUCUUCGAAAGUGUUUAAGUGAGGAACAGUGAUGAAAUGUGAAUUCAGUGCAAGUGAUAAAGUCUAUAUUUGUGUGAACGUAAUGUUUGUGUAACUGUCGAUUGAGAUUGGUAUUGAAUCGACCAACAUGGAGACCGAAGAACUUACGAAACUUGUGGACGGGAUCUAUAAGAACAUUUUGGACAAAUUCAAUCCUGGGGCCCGGCAGAUGAUAACGGCUGGAAAGGCUUAUUUGAAAGCCUUACAUGGAGCUGCUGCCGCUUCCCGUUUGUAUGUGGACGCAGUGGGAAAGCUGGGUCGUCAGGCCCAGCAGGGGACAUGGGGAGGAUGCGCAGACAUAGGGACCGCCUUAAUGAAAGUCGUGGAAGUCUACCGAGAAAUACAAGACCAGCAGAUGAAUAUCUUGAAGGCGUUCUACGUGGAUCUCCUGGUUCCCUUGGAGACAAAUCUGGAGAAGGACACGAAAGUAGUACAGUCGGAACAGAAGCGAUUCCUGCAACAACAUAAACUGCGAUCUGAGAGCUACAGCAAGGCCGCAGCGACUAUCAAGAAGCAAAGGAAAAAGAAGACUAAUGUUACCAAGGUUGGCUCUGCGAUGGACAAGGAAAUGAAGAACAUGCAAAUUUUGGAAGAAGAGAAAACUAAACUGGAUGCAUUUUGUGAACAAAGCCUGAAAAAUGCAAUGACCCAAGAACGCCGCCGCUACGGCUUUGUUCUGGAGCGACAGUGCUCCCUUGCGAAGCACUGGCUGGCUUACCACUCUUCGGGAGCCGCAGCGUAUACCACAGGCCUGGAGGAAUGGCUUGAAGUAUCUCGGACCAGGGAAUAUCUGCCGCCUAAUGUUGAAGCUAUGUUCGUGAGCAGAAUGAGGCAAGUCUCCUUCUGGGCCGACGAAGAAGUAUACGCCAGUCCCCGCGCUGGAGAUGACGACGACCGCGCCUCCGUCGGUUCAGCUCUGAGGAAGACCAGAUCUGUUGACGCUUCCUGCCUCGAUGUGAGGUCUAUUGCGGACCUGGGUUCGCCGGCACAGGGUCUGUCCAGGGCCAAGUCUGACUUCAAUCUGCAAGCAAGCUUACACACUGGUGAACAAGACGUCGAUUCCCGUCCAGCAACACGUCCAUCAUCACUAGCGCCCCCACCCUGCUCGACCCGGGAACCACCGCUAGCGCGAGCUCUUUACGCCUACGCGGCCGCCGGCGACAACCAGCUCAGCUUCCAGCAAGGAGAUGUGCUGGCUCUGCUAGGAGAACGGACUAAAGGGUGGCAGUAUGGCGAGAACAUGCGCACUCACCAUGCCGGCUGGUUCCCAUUGGCGUACACUGAGCCGAUACCUGAUAAUGAUAUUAGCUCCCCGGCCCGCUGGAGCUGCGCUCAGACACCGAGCGAAGCGCCACCACCAGCUCCGGUCUCGCAUACGACGCCGAGCACGCACCAGCACCCUCCAACACGCAUGUUCGGGGACACCGUGACCGCUCAUCACGUUAACAAGGGUCGCCUUGGCAACGGUUCACCUGGCCUGCCGCCCACCCUGCCGGCUCCAUCGCCGAGCGCGCUCAGCUCAUCAGCCAGUGCCACGUUCCAUUCGUCCACCCCCGCCGCUGUCGCUACUAGCGCUAUCAAGAACUCGACUUCGGCCGCCAGCUUCACGACGCAUGCUGUUAUUGAAACUAGGACUUUUGGUCCGCAGACGCUACCCUUGCGUUCUCAGAUGGCUCAAAACAAAGCUGGCCCGGCAAAAACAGCCGUGUCUGCCGUCGGAGCUGUGGGCAACGUUUCACUUCAUAGCUCUAACGACUCCGGAUUCUCCAACGAGCCCCCGCCUCAACCAGAUGUGGAUUACAGUGAUGAAGAAGCUCAACGCUUGCGAGUGCCCAUCAGUAAAUCUGCUCAACAAUCGAACGAUCAUAAAGCGUACCUGCUCAAAACCCAAAGCUUAAAACGUGGGCCAAAACCGAACAACGCAAAUGGCUACUUGACGGAUGAUCAGCAACUAAUGCUACGAAACAUGCUGGAAAUGGAUAAAGAUUCACAGAGAGUGAAACGCACCAAGUCAUUCUGGAAAUUUGGUCGGACAACGAACGAAGAGAUCAUGGAAGGUAUGUCGCUAUGGCAGCAUCGUGACAUAGUCGAUACUGUACCAGAAUAUAAGAAGAAACUUUUUGUUAAAAUUAAGAAAGAUUUGAGACCCGCUCCUGAGAUUCCGGAGACAAGGAACCAAACGAGUCCAGAAAAUACACCACCAAUUGAGAAUGGGCAGUCCAGACCGAAAGAAACAAUUGACAGAAAAGAUGUAAAGGUUACCAAUGGCAUUCGUCAAGCAAAAAGUUUGGGGUCGAUUGAAAAUGAGGAACGAGCUGAGAAAAUCAGAAAGAGCGAAAUCUACCAUCAGAAUCAAUCCUUAAAUAAAAAGACGUCAUCAGAGAAAGUCAUCGCUGAAGAGAAAAUGGAAGAAAUAGUACCCCGUAAUGAGUCCCGACAUUCUGAUUUAACAAAUACCAGUACGAUAAAAACCAAUUUUGAGAACAGUUUCUACAACGAUGAAAAUGGAGAAGGUUUUGUAAUGAAAACUGUUAAACGACGUGAAAUACUGCAGAGAUACGAUAAUGACAGCGGUUCUGAUGUUAAUUCUGUAGCCUCCAGUACCGACCCCUAUGACUGCAUCAUAGUGGACGAUCAUAUGACAUCUAGAAAACAACAAGAACUUGAUAAACGUAGACAGGCACAAGUUAUGGAAGAUGAUAUCAAGAAGAGGAAAGAAAACGCAUACAUGCCUGAAUUUGAAGAAAUCGAAGUUACCCCUAUAAAACCACACGUCCGUGCAACGAUGUCUUCUGAUAAAGCCAAACGAUCAUCACAUGAGCACUCUCCACCUAAAACUAUGGAGUUCAAAACUUUCAAAGACAAUUCAAAAGAUGUAAAGACAUUUUCUGCAUCUUCAGAGACCUUGAAGUACAAAGAUAAUGAACCUCUUACUGACCGUUACGGCAUUCCCACUGAACGCAAUAACAAUGAUAUAAGAAAUGAAAGUGCGUACAACGGACGUGACGAAGGAACACUAAAAUAUAACAAAAAGCGUUCCAGCAAAGAGGAAAAAAUGAGACAACCACAGAAUUACGACAAUAGUCAUCACAAUAAAAAGGAAUACCCACAAGCUGAAAUCAGAACCACGAAGAAAGAUAUGCGAUCUUAUGAAAGCAGAGAACCACGAAUCGAUUAUUCGUUAGACAGACGUGCAGUAAGAAAGGACUUUACAAAUCCUAGAGACAAUCGAGACCCGAGAAGCAAAACUAGGAGUCAGAGAAGCUACGAUGACAGUUCACUGCAGUAUAAUGGACGCACUGACAGAUAUUACGAGUCAAACAUAUCGUAUUUCAGUGACCAAGAGAGACGUGUCUCGCGGUACGAUUACGAGACAGAUUCUAAGAAAGCAGAGAAGACAAAAAUGAGGCAAGAAGAAGCUAGGUUAGAAGCUAGGAGGAUAAUGGACAGGCGUACUGAAGGGCCGUACAGUGAGUCUGAUGAUCAAAAGUUCAAUGAGGCAUUGAAGCAACAACGGCCACAAUUGCUGCCUCGUACUAAAUUGCUCAAGAGAUCCGUAGAAGGAAGCGAAUUACCAGAAGAAGGACAUACUUUCGGCCCGUGGUAUGACUUGUGGGGUCGCGAGACCAGCGUCUACAAGUAGACACAGGUUUUUGUUAUGUUUUUGUUAUUAUCGCUCUAAAUUUUAUGUUGAUAUAAUUUUGUAGUUUGUAAACCUUGUAUUCUGUGUAUCGCCUUAUGCAACAUCGAUAUUCUCACAAUUACUUAAGGCCAUAUUAGUGUAUAAAUUAAUAUAUAUGAUAUACUUUCUUAUGUUAAAUGUAACCAUACAAGAUUUACCAUACAGUUAGAGUAAGGUAUACUUUUUGUGCAGGCCUCAACAAUUUGCGACUGUGAAGUUAAGGAAAGCUCUCACGAACGACCGGUCGUCGCCUGCUAUCGAAUAAUGUUUUAUAAUUAAUUUGGUAAUUAUAUUUGAAAGUGUAAAUUAGACGACUUGUAUUUUGUACAGUUAAAUAUUCAUAGUUUAACAAAGAAUAUAUAUAUCACAAUUUUUACAAUAAUUAAAA